UCCUCUUCUCUCCCAGUUGCCGCUGUGCGCUUCUCAUCAUCCCCAUCACCGGAGCGCGGACAGGAUGGAGGCCCUGCUAAAUGAGUGGCUGUGGCAGGAGGAGUACUGGCUUCCUGCUGGCAUGCACUGGCAGGACAUUAGGAUGAAAGAGGACGAGGGCCGCUUCCCUCUACCCAGGGAUCUUAUCUACACCUUGCCUCUGGCCUUCGCCUUUAUAGCCCUCAGAUAUGUCUUUGAGAGGCUCAUCGCCAGCCCAUUAAGCAAAUGUUUAGGUGUGAAAGACCGGAUUCGGAUUCGAGCCGCUUCCAUCCCAAAGCUGGAGACCUUCUACAAACAGAACAGUCGGCAACCAUCACAGAGUGAGGUGGUAAGCUUGGGGAAGCAGUGUGGACUCUCCCAGAGAAAGAUCCAGACCUGGUUCAGACACAGAAGGAACCAGGACCGACCCAGCAACACCAAAAAGUUCUGCGAGGCCUCCUGGCGUUUUGUCUUCUAUCUCGUAGCGUUCACUGGAGGGCUCGGCUCUUUAAUUAAUACUUCAUGGUUCUGGGAUGACAGCGAGUGUUGGAGGGGAUAUCCCAAACAGCCGGUGGCCGAGGCUCAUCACUGGUAUUACAUCUUGGAAAUGGGCUUCUAUGUGUCAUUGCUUCUGUGUGUCUCUGUGGAUGUCAAGCGAAAAGAUUUCAAAGAGCAGGUGAUUCAUCAUAUCGCCACCAUAUUCCUCAUUGGUUUCUCCUACUGUGCCAACUUUGUGAGGGUUGGCACUCUGGUGAUGUUGGUGCAUGACUCUUCUGACUUCCUUCUGGAGUCUGCCAAGAUGUUUCACUAUGCUGGCUGGACGAGGACGUGUGACUCGCUGUUUGUCAUCUUCGCUCUGGUCUUCCUGGUGACCAGGCUGGUGGUGCUACCUGGCAGAGUGCUCUACUCAACCCUGGUAGUAUCUCUAGAGUUCUUCGGCCCCUUCCCUGGUUAUUAUUUCUUUAAUACGCUGCUGUUAGUGCUGCAAGCUCUCCACAUCUUCUGGGCUUAUCUCAUCCUGCGCAUGGUCUACAAGUUUGUGUUCCUGGGCAAGGUGGAGCGUGAUGAACGUAGCGAUGAGGAGAGUGAAGUGGAUGAUGAGGAGGAAGAGGAGGAGCCUGAGGAAGAAGGGGACGAGUGCAGCUGGGAGCAAAGAAAAGGUGCAAUCAACUCCAAACUGGCAUCGCUGGCUAACAACUGUGUCCUGAACAACCUCACCAACCAGAGGAAUAUAAACAGCAGACUGCCCAAAGCCAGAUAGUGGAGCAGUGUCCUUCCACAUCUAC